AUGUCCCGCAAUGGCCCAUCAGCAGAUUUUCAACGACUUUAUCUCACGUUCAUUAACUUGGGAGCUCCCAUACAUUCUGAACAAGCUUCAUCAUUGAUGCAAUUGAUUGUAAAACAUUUGGGUCGUCAGAAUAUACCACAGAAUGGCUUUGAUGAGGAGACAAACACGGUUCGAUUACUGUUACAUCUUGAGGAAUAUCAUGAUGAGAGCUAUCUACGAUUCAAAAAAUCGAUCAAUUCGGGAAGGGUUCAAGAGAAGAUACUAGAGAGUGACAUAAGUUUCCAACUUGCAGACGAGAAGCUAGCUCCACCGUUCAAAAGUCUUUUAACAGAAUUUCGAAACACAAAAACUAUCAAUUUACUCCAAAUCACCAGGCUCUUGCAAAGCUUAGAACACGAGCAGAUAUCGAUACCUCAACUAGGAAGAUUAUUUAGAGCACUUAACUUAGUAAUCAAUAGAAACCGGGCAAUUUAUACGGACUUCCACGUCCAACUCAAUGGACACUCCGAAAUUGUGCCAAAGCUCUUCAAGAUGCUAACACAGCGUCGUUAUGGACAAUUGGACCCGCAGUCAUUUACGUGGGAUUCUCUAGAGUAUCUUAUCUAUAUUGAAAUCACACUCAUCACUACCUCUUCCAAUCCAUGA